UCAAGUCCCGCAAAGUAGCCCAAAGACGGGCCAUCUCCCCAUCAGGAAGCCAACUUUGCUGUCCCUCCAGUUGUUGAGUCCCUCCAGUUGUUGGCGCGGUGUUUUCCCAAGCUCGAGUUUCCGUCGUGCCACUCCCGCCAAAGUCCGCCAUGCCGUUUGCCGAACUUCUGGAUCAAGCGGGCGGCAUGGGACGCUUUCAAGUGCUCAACGUGGCGCUGUUGUGUUUUCCGAUGCUCCUGAUGGCAGCUCACAACCUCUUGCAGAAUUUCACCGCUGCGGUUCCUGGGCAUCACUGUCAGGUGGCCUUGAGCAAGGUGUGCGCCGGCGGAAACGCCACGGGAAAUGCAGAUUGUCGGGCGCUGCUGAGGGCUUUCGUCCCCCAGGAUGGGGCCUGGAGGCCGGAGAAGUGUCGGCGUUUUGUCACCCCCCAAUGGCAGCUGUUGGAGUUUAAUUCCACGGGACGGGAGCCAACGGAGGCCGAGCAGGAGCCGUGCCUGGAUGGGUGGACCUACGAAGGGACGGUUUUCACGUCCACCAUUGUAACCGAGUGGGAUCUGGUAUGUGAUUUCCGGAGCCUCCAGCAGCUGGCUCAGUCUAUCUACAUGGCCGGGGUGCUGGUGGGUGCCAUCAUCUUUGGGGGCCUCUCUGACAAAUUCGGGCGAAAGGCUCUGCUUCUCUGGUCGUGUUUUCAGAUGGCCGUUUCCGGAUCCUGCACCUCCUUCGUCCCCAGUUUCAGCGCUUAUUGCGUCUUGCGCUUCCUAACCGGCAUGGCAGUUUCCGGGGUUGGCCUCAACUGCGUCUCGUUGUCUGUGGAGUGGACCCCGAUGCAUUCUCGAGCCACGGUCAGCAUGGUGACUGGCUACAGCUACAGCGUUGGGCAGUUCAUCCUCGCAGGAGUGGCGUACGCCAUCCGGGACUGGCGUUGGCUUCAGUUGGCCGUUUCCCUCCCGUAUUUUGCCUUUUUCCUCUACGGCUGGUGGUUCAGAGAAUCUGCCCGCUGGUAUGCCACAGUGGGCAAAUUCGACCAGGCACUGAAAGAGCUCCAGAAGGUUGCUCGGAUGAACGGGAAGAAGGAUGGCCAGGAGAAGCUCAGCCUGGAGGAUUUGAAAGCCAGUCUCCAGACAGAUCAUUCCACAGCCAACACCAAGUUCCCGGUGGCUGAUUUGGUGCGGACGCCAUCCCUGCGCCGAGUCACUGUGUGCCUUUCCUUCGUCUGGUUCUCCACCAGCUUUGCCUAUUAUGGUCUGGCGAUGGACCUGCAGAAUUUUGGCGUCAGCGUCUACCUUAUCCAGGUGAUCUUCGGGGCGGUAGACAUUCCAGCAAAGUUGGUGGCUUUCCUUGUGAUCUGCUAUUCUGGCCGUCGGAUCGCUCAAGCGCUGAGCCUCAUCUUAGCUGGCUUGUCCAUCGCGGGGAACAUCUUUGUAUCUCAUGAUAUGCAGAUUCUGAGGACUGUCUUCGCUGUCUUUGGAAAAGGAUGUCUAGGCGCAUCUUUCAGCUGUGUCUUCUUAUACACUGGAGAACUCUACCCUACGGUGAUCAGGCAAACCGGGAUGGGCUUUGGGAACACCAUGGCACGCGUCGGCGGGAUUGUAGCCCCUCUGGUGAGAAUGACCAGCGAUUAUUUUCCAUCCCUUCCCCUUGUCAUCUAUGCCACGGCUCCCAUCAUCUCCGGGAUGGCCGCCUGCUUCCUGCCCGAGACUUUAAAUGUACCGCUACCAGAUACAAUACAAGACGUGGAGAGCAGGUUAGUUAUAACGGAACUGGCUAGUCCUUGUUUGUGGAACGUGGAGGAAGAAAAGAGAGAAAACGGCAGAAAAGACGAGGUCUGUCGUCCAGGCACGGUUCUCCUGGGUAUGAAAGAAAUCAAAGAGACGGGGAAAGAUUCCCGGCUACCAGAAAAACUUGGAAAAUAG